CCAUGCACGCUACUACUUCCGGGUCGGUGGAUGUAAACACAAGGACGUUCCGCCUCCUGGAGACAGCGGACAGAAAACAUGACCAAACUGGAGGUGCUCAGCGCGUUUCUGAACGAGAGGCUGACCGCGGCCGCGGAGGAGAUCUUCCGCGCCGUGAAAGGCACGGUGGCGGAGUACCAGAGCGAGAUCCUGCGCUCCAAGGAGGAGAACGAGCGGCUCAAGCGGCUCCUGAACGUGGCGGUGCAGCGGCUCCUGUUGCAGCCAGAGCCUCUCUCUGUCGAGCCCCAGGAGGAUGCUCAGCCCCGUCAGACGGAGGGCAGCCGCAGCGUGGAGCUGCUGCCGCAGGUCAAAGAGGAGCCAAAGCUCGGGGACUGUCCCACUGAUUGUUCACGGGAAGCCAGCGCCGCAGAGCAAGGAAGCUGUAGUCGCCUGGGGCCGCCGCUCAGGUCCCAUCCUUCUCCGGCACCAACCGCUCGCGGCGUCCAGAAUGUGUCCCCGGCUCCACUGGCCUCUCAGGGGGUGAAGUCCGAGGGCGACGGGGAGGCCGGCGGCUCGCCGCCCUCCGUGACCGUUCACUCAAACUGCAGAGCGGCUCAGGGCGAUUCACGAGCCGCCGCGAAUAGCCACAGGACAGCUAGAGGCUUCCUGCGCUCAAGCGGCAAGCAGAGCGCGCACGUACUGCAGAUCAAAAGCGUCCGAUCCGUGAAGCCGCUGCCCACGCGCUCCUCUCACCCGAGCCAGAGCAUGCAGAGGUGGCACAGCUGCAAGGAGUGCGGGAAGGGCUUCAGCUUCGCCUGCCAGCUGGAGGUGCACAUGCGCUGGCACACAAAGGAGAAGCCGUACAGCUGUGCCGUGUGCCGGAAGAGCUUCACCACGGUCAGCAUGCUCAAGAGGCACCACCGCAUCCAUACGGGGGAGAAGCCCUUCCGCUGCCACGUCUGUGGCAAAUGUUUCAACCAGUCGGCGCACCUCAACACCCACUUCAGGUUGCACACCAGAGAGAGGGCUGGCUGGGGCCGAGCGCCACUCCCCAAAUGAACAGAGACAGGAGACUAACCAACAUGUGUAAACUCUUAGAGGCCAAAUGUCACCUGCAAACAGUGUACAAUAAAUGUGUGUGUGACAGUGUGUCUUAUCCCUUGUGCAAUAAAGUGUGGUACAUCACGAUUACUCUCCAAUGAU